GGACGCUCUCGCGCGUGGUUCACUGCUGCACGACAGCCUCAACUUCAACAAAACUCCAAAAAGUUUACUUCCUGGAACCAAGCGACCCGGACACGCCCACUGCGGGGGAUACGUGUGUCAAGAUGAUUCACUGUAGGUGAACUUUAAAGGGAUAGUUCACAGAAAACUUUAAAAUGCACUCAUUAUCCUUGUUUGAGGAUAUCAGAGGAUAUUUAGUCAUAAAUCACCAUAAACAUGGUGUAAAUGUGGCAGUUUCCAGUCGAGUCACAGGAGCAGCAUGGAGGCAGGUUGUGGUUUUAUUUGGUGGUCGCCAGUUGUUUAUUAUAGUUGAACUUGUGAGUAGAUAAUGAUAAUGAUUUUCCUUAUCUGGCUAAUCCUGUUGAAGUAAGACAUCUUGUCUCGGCUGCACUCUUUGGCUGUUUCUCAAGUGACACAUAGUGACGUCAAAAGAAACCCCUCCCCUAUCCAUGACUCCUCUUCCUCACAUGAACACCUGAGCCUCAGACUCACCUGUGCUCAGGUGUGAGGAGGUCUGAGGAGGUGUUCAGGUUGAGAGGAGGUCUGAGGAGAUCACUGUGACUGAAGGAUUCUACUUUUCCUCCUGUGGAUGCGUCAACAUCAUGCUAGAUGUAGGAGAAGAGGUUGACCCCCGUCCUAAGCCGCUGUGAGGGCACAGGAAGUGAAAGGGUUGUGCCAGGAUGAGGACAGAUCUCGGGUUGGCUCUGCUCUUGCUGCUGUCUGCAGCUGUUGAGUCCAACAGCAUGUCUCCACCAGGGAAACCGGUCCUCCUCGGCUGCAGGUCCCCUGAGAAGGAGACAUUUACCUGCUGGUGGGAGCCGGGCUCUGACGGGGGGCUGCCCACUACGCAUCGCUUCCUCUAUGAGAGAGAAAGACUGGAGGGAACACACGAGUGUCCUGACUACCUCACUGCAGGGAAGAACUCCUGCUUCUUUGACAAAGUCCACACCUCCAUCUGGGUGGAUUAUUAUCUGACAGUUGUGGCCUCCAAUGCAUUAGGGAACGCCACUUCAGACCCCUUUAAGAUUGAUGUCAUGGAGAUUGUGAUGCCGGACGCUCCUGGAAACAUCAGCCUGCGGGUGAUGAAGAGGGAGGACAACCCGUAUCUCCACGUGCGGUGGGAGAGUCCCCAAAACACAGACACCAAGUCAGGAUGGGUCACCAUUAAAUAUGAGCUCAGAUUUAAACAAGAGAACAGCAACGAGUGGAAGGAGUACACGUCAGGAACACAAACCCAAUUCAACCUGUACAGCAUCGAGCCCGAGGUGACGUACGUGGUUCAGGUUCGCUGCAGGUUAGACCACAGCUCCUGGAGCGAGUGGAGCAACUCUUCCUCUGUGAAAACCUUUAACUAUCCUCAGAGUGAGAAACCAUUCUGGAUAUUGCUCUCCAGCCUCUCUACAGUUCCAUUUCUAACACUGUGUGUCUUGGUCAUGAAGAGGAAAUAUGUGAAGCAGUGUCUUCUGCCCCCUGUUCCUGGUCCAAAGAUACGAGGAAUUGAUGUUCAUCUUCUCAAGAAGGGGCGACCUGAAGAUGUCAACAACGCCCUGAUCAACAACCAGACCUUUCCUUCUGUGUCGGCCUGGAAGGACGAGAGUGAGGAGUAUUUAAUCGUGUCUGAUGACGUGCGUCUGCCAGACUCGUACAGUUCUCAAAAGAGGAAGAAAAGUUUGACUAUUGCUGCUGGCCUCCUCUUAGACUUUGAAACCCACUGCAAGGAGCUGUCCCUGAGCCAAAUGGACAGGGAGAAGGCCGAGGAAAGAAAGCAUGAAAUAAAUAACUUUGCAAACAGCAAUGCGUCUCUCUCAGGAGUGGGUUUAUUUAAAAAGGAGACACUGCCAGAGGCCGCAGAUCAGACGUGGUCGAGCUGCGACCCUGCUGAGAGCAGUGUUCUCUCAAUCUGCGGUUACGUGGAUAUUCACAGACAUAAGAACACGCAGGAGGUGGAUGUGAAUGAGGUGGACUACACCAGAGUGAAGGAGGUGAACGGUGACAAAAUUCUCAUCCUCCAUAAAGACAGAGUCCAUGGCUGCGAGGAUGUUCAGACGCGAGAGGAGAACAUACCAGAGGACUACAGCAGGGUGGAGGAGGUGGUCGGCGACUAUCAGCUCCUCCUGCAGAGACAAAGCUCCUCCUGGGAGAAGAGUGAUCGCUACACAGUGUUCACCAAUAAGAAGCCGAGAAAUCCUCAUGAAACUGGAGCCUGUGUAACUAAAGUUGGCCCAGAUCUAAUUGUUAGUGAAUAUGUUGAUACUUUCCCAACACCGCCUUUAAUGUAAAGUGUAAUUUCACAUGAAAUGUCCAAAAUAAAAAAGACAGAUGA